UUUAUCGCCUAGGUUGGUGUGAUCGACAGACGGCAAAGCUCUCGGAGUAGCAGGAACGGUGGCUUCGGCUCGGCGAUUUGGCGUCUCCAUGGAUCUCUCUACCUUUUCUUAUCAGAAGUUCGUAAAUUUCGCGCUCCAGGAGACCAAGCUUCGCACCGGUCUCGCUCCUCUGCCCUCCCACGAAAAGUUCAGGUUACUAAGGUCCAAAGACAACAAUACUGUACUUCGUACACUUUCAUUCUGUGCCCCCAAAAUUAGACUUGUUCGAAGUUUGACAGUUGAAGGGAAUCGUGCAAUGCAGGUUCUUGAUUUUGCUGUGUUCCCUGAGCCAGAAUUUGAUCUUCCUAUAUUUUGUGCUAAUUUUUUUACCAAUGCUAGCUUGAGCAUCGUCGUCUUGGAUCUUAACCCUCUCUAUGAUGUCACCAUCCAUACAGACUACAAGGAGAAGUAUUAUAGAAAGUUACUGCCUCUUGGCAAGAAAUACUUUGAGCUUCUGCCAUGGGGAGGCAAUAUUACAGGCGAAUCUUUGAGAUUUUUCUCACCAAUUGUGAUAUGGACAAGAUUCACUUCAAGCCAAUUCAAGCACGAUGUUCUAUAUUCUGCAUUCAUGGAUUACUUUAAGGCGUGGCUUGCAUUGAUGGAUGAAGCAGUUAAAGAGACAUCUGCUUGUCAUAUUCAUCGGAAUCGUGAAGCACAGCAUAAGUAUCUUAGGUGGAGAGCUGAAAAGGACCCUGGACACCCAAUAUUGAAGAAGUUGGUUGGAGAAAAUCUUGCAAAGGAGCUGGUGUGGCGUUUUCUUUUUGACGGAGUCGAUUCACUCGGAGCAAAGACAUUCUUGGACUACUUCCCUGAAUAUAAAUGUGACAGCGGGACAAUAAAUCAGAAGCGCAGUGUGAUGGGAAAGUCCUACGAGACACGCCCAUGGGAUCUGAAUGGAGAAUUUGUUGGUAAUCAUUCUGGAUAAUGUUUGGCACUCUUUUUAAAACUUGAUGACCCUUAGGCCAGGAUGACUUUUGUUGUAUUGUAACUUUGUGUUAAUUAUUGCCAUCGAAUUAGGCUUUUCUUUAAUCCUAGCCAAAAAUUGCUGUCCAAAUUUGCACCACGUAUGGAAACAGAGAGUAUGAACUCAAUAAUAUAAUUUUGUUUUCUGGAAGACUCUCUUUUUUU